UGCGCAGGUGGGCGGGCAGACGCGGUGCUGGGUAGGAAGGCGCUAUGGCGGCGGUAGCGCAGUGCGUGUUGGGCACGCUCCGCUCGCGCUCUCCGCUGCUGAGCCUGGCGCUGAGGACCUCUCCACGACUGCUUUGUGUGGCAACACAGCAGAAGAGCACCGGCCAGAACUUGGAAGAGGAUCAGGGUCAGAGCCACAAUGAGCAGAAGGCAGAACAUAGUGCUGCUGAAAGAAUGUUAACUGAGGAAAAGGCCAAACUGGAAGAGCAGCUCAAGGAAGUUACUGAUAAGUACAAGAGGGCCUUGGCAGAUGCAGAAAACGUGAGGCAAAGAAGCCAAAAACUCGUGGAAGAGGCAAAGUUAUAUGGUAUUCAGAGCUUCUGUAAGGACUUGCUAGAAGUCGCAGACAUUCUGGAGAAAGCAACAGAAAGUGUUCCAAAAGAAGAAAUUAAGGAUGAAAAUCCUCACCUGAAGAGCUUGUACGAAGGUCUUGUCAUGACAGAAGUACAGAUCCAGAAAGUGUUCAAAAAACACGGGCUGCUCAGACUGAACCCCGUCGGAGCCAAGUUCGAUCCCUACGAACACGAAGCGUUGUUCCACGCUCCCAUGGAAGGGAAGGAGCCUGGCACCAUUGCUUUAGUGUCCAAGAUUGGCUACAAGCUGCACGGGCGCACGCUGCGGCCUGCCCUCGUGGGCGUUGUGAAAGACGCUUAGCCGCUGAAUCACAUCACACAAUGCCCUUCCAUUAUUAAACAGCUGGGUGGUUUUUCUCUUACACCGUGCUUUCCUUACCCCUCUGUCCCCCAAGAGGUUUCAGUGAACCAGUUGAGGUCUCCCAGCGAAAAUGAAGCAGACAGUGACAUUCUGUUGCUUAGUGGCCUUCAACAGUGUUCCUUCAGCUCUCUUCUGUCAGUAAUAUUUGUUACAAUCAUGGCUACUGAAGGUACAUUAAAAUGAAAUGAUCAAAAUGCUCACAA